ACAUUACGAAUGCUCUGCAAUUGCAUUAGAAGUGAGAGUGGAGGAGCAAAUCCUGCCUUAGCUGAUAAAAUAGCUGAAGAAUAUUCUAAAAGCAGUGAGCGGCAGCCUUUAUCACCUGUAGACUCUAAUUCAUCUUCAAGAGAAGUUAUGCCAAAUACAGAAUUACAGGCACCUCUUACUUCACCUGAUACUAAAGCUACAUAUGCUAGUGGAAAAUCAAAAGAGUUUCCUGUUAAUGACAUAUUGAAGCAGAUUGAUGAGCUACAAAGGUUGUAUGCUUCUAAAUUUUAUAAAACCAAAGAAGCAUUUCUCUCCCUUAAAAAAAGUGCCCUUUCUAAAAUUAUUGAUUAUAUUCAGUGUCACAUCAUUAAUCUACUGAGUCCACGUUUUCGAAAGCCACAGUUCAUUGAUCAAUUACGAAAAGAGUACGACAAAGUUAAAUCGAUGAAUCAGUUAUUCAGAGUACUAGAGAAGCGUGUCUCCUGGUUUAAUUUUGACUUCGUUGUCCUAUUGGUCCAAGUUUUCAUAGCAGAUAGAGAAGUACAGCGAAUUUGGUCAACUUACUCCAGUUUGCUAAAAGAUUAUUUUAAGAAUAAUAAUGAUCGAGCAAUUCAAGUCGUGAAUGGUGUUGAGUUUGGUAUACUAGAUGCUCCUGGUACUCAAGUCAUGAUAGCAAAAGUUGCUGAUGAUGAUUACACUUUGAAUGAUUUAUAUUUCUUCCACAGUGCAAUUGCCAAGGCACUAGCAAUUCCAGAAUACAAAUUCUAUUUUUGUGAAAUCGAUGAUGGUUGCAUGGAAUUAAAAUACUCCAUUCCUGAUUUCUUAUAUUCAAUUCUUUUUCCACUUACCAAUCAACAGUGUCAUUCAUUGGCUGAAAUUGGUAUUAUUAAAAUGAGCUGUAAUGAACAUGUACAUGAAAUGGAGCAGGUAAAUAAAAUAAGGGUUUUGAAAGUUUGCAUCAUUGACAACUAG